GUAGAAAGCUAAUGAAUUUCUGCACAUUUUGAUGUGAAACUUGCUGGGUGUUGUUUUGUUAGAAGUGUGAGUUUUUGCAAGUUGAAAAUAUAAUUUUUUGAAAUGUUGAGAAACUUUAUUCUUCUGUAGUUGUUACAGCUGUGCUGGAUAAUAAGAAGACUUAGAAAAUGACAUAAAAAAGGAUGUUCUGGUCCUAGGCCUAGCUAGCUAGGCCUAGGCAGACCUAGCCAGGCCUGCACUGUGAUGUUUGCUAUGAAGCAUGGAUUGUAAGCAAGCAUCAGAAAUUACAGAACUGGUCAAAGAAAAAUGUGAAGUAGCAGUGUCUUCCCUUCGCUGGAUUAAAGUUAUUGUUGUUGGAAAUACAGGAGUAGGUAAAACUUGCCUUAUUAAGCACUUCUGUGAGGAUAAGUUUUCAACAGGUUACCAAGCAACUAUAGGAGUGGACUAUGGAUUCAAAACAUACUCUGUAAAUGAUACCGAAUUAAGAAUUCAUCUUUGGGAUCUGUCAGGUAGCAGUGAUUACUUGGAUGUACGCUCAGAACUGUACCAUAACACUCAGAUCGUCCUUCUGGUGUAUGACAUCACCAAUGCACUAUCAUUUACCAGCCUAGAUAACUGGUACAAGGAAAUCACUAGAUAUAGUAAUGGAGGUGCACUUACUAUACUAGUUGCUAACAAGAUUGAUCUAAAAUCAAAACGGAUUGUAUCAAUAGAUGAAGGCUUGAAGUGGGCUACAGCAAAAGACAUUCUAUAUUUUGAAACUUCAGCAUCAAGUGGUAAUGGGGUGAGUCGGAUGUUUCAAGAUGUUCUGCAAAAAUUGAUGUCACGGACAGAUGAAUAGUACCAGUGCAUGUGAAAGUUACAUGGCUAUACCAAAAAAGCGAACCAUGUCAUUGCCCAAGGCAGGUCGGUGAUGCUUGUCAACAGCAAAAUGAGCUUCACUAACUAUUCGCAGAGUCUUGAGUUUAGUUGGCAACUGAACUACAGUAGAGCCCAUCGUUUGAGACACUUAUUUGAGACAGCAAGUGCACUCGCUAUCCCUUGUAUCGCUGCAUUUGACAAUGUUGUCGCUGAGGUCCAAAAUGGGAAGCGUGAAUUAAGCGUUUCAAGAAUUAUGGCUUAGCCCUGUCCGUGUCGUUGGAAGCGCAGAAACGUGCAAUGCUCCUACAUGCAGUAUGGCCGCGUUGCUUUGAAAUAUUUGACAGUCUACCUGAUACAGGAACUACUUAUACGCACAUGCCAUUUAAGGGGCUCUGUCGAAUCAUUUUAGGCUUCAAGUUAAUAUUGAAUAUGAGAGGGCUGUAUUUAGACGUCUUAGGCAGAAGUCAAACGAGAAACUAGCUACUAUACCCGACUAAGGAAGGUGGCUGGUACAUGUAACUUCCAACAUAUUGACCAAGAACUGAAGUCACAUAUUAUCCAAACAACUACUGACUCAAAGUUAAGAAAACAGAGCCUUAAGGAAGAUGGACUUACGCUAGCACAAAUCCUACAAAUUGGAAGGUCAAAUGAACUAGCGCAGGUCCAGAAUAGUGAUUUGGAGAAGGACUUGGGCUGUAUUCCCUAGCUCAGUCUCAUCCAGAAAAUCGAGUCCAUGCUGUAAGUACCAAAAGACAGAACAGUAAAACUGUUCGCCCUAAUAAAGGAAAUGGAAACAGUGCCAGUGGUUCUGUUUAUGGCAAGGUAAAAAUGCUUUGGCUGCAGUAGGUCAUAUCCACACCCAAAAGGCCCAAAGUCUUGUCCAGCAUUUGGAUACGGAUACUAUCUUGUGUAAAACUAAUGAUAACGUUACUUUUACAGACACAUUCUAUGUUGUAGAAUGCCAAUGUGGAUGCUUGUUAAGCAACAGGGCUAGCCAGAAUUUAAAACUGGUAGCGGUUAAACAAUAUGUUAUUGUGGUAAUAGAAAGUAGUGAUCUAGUUCAGAAAUACCUAAAUGUGUUUGACGGGAUUGGGCAGCUUAAGAAUUUUGAAGUCAAGUUGCACAUUGACGAGAGUGUAUUGAACACUGACAAGAGUGUAACCCCUGUAGCUCAGCGCCACAGGCGUAUCCCAUACCACAUGAAAAAAAUGGUUGUUAGAGUUAGAACGUAAAUGAUAUUGAAAGAGUGGAUGGUCCCACUCCUUGGGUUUCCCCUAUAGUUGUAGUCCUGAAACCCAAACGGGAAGGGGAGGUACGAAUUUGCGUUGACAUGCGGCAGGCCAACCAGGCAAUAAAGAGCGAAAGACACCCUUCACCACUGUAAAUGAUAUUGUCGCGAAACUAAAUAGUGCAAAGCUGUUUAGUAAAAUUGACUUGAGAGCAGGCUACCAUCAGCUUAUGCUCAGUAAAGACUGGCAUUAUAUCACUACGUUCUCCAUCCUUGUUGGGUUGUGGUGAUACAAGCGUUUGAGUUUCGGCAUAUCAAGCGUGAGUGAAGUGUUUCAGAAUGUUAUUGAAAAUGUAAUUUCCGGCAUAGUUGGUGCCUUUAAUAUCUCAGAUGAUAUAUUCAUUUUUGGGAAGGGCAAUGAUACAGUGGCCCAGCAUGAUAAAUACCUUGAUCAAGUUUUGACUCGCUAAAAUGAAAAUGGUCUGACAGCUAACCUGUCUAAAUGUGAAUUGCGCAAGUCCAAAACCGAAUUUUAUGGUACGGUAUUUUCUGAAGCAGGCAUUGAGCUUGACCCUAAAAAGGUAGAAGCCAUUGUAUCCAUGAAAGCACCGUUUAACAUCAGCGAAGUGCAGUGUUAGGUAUGAUUAAUUAUUUGCUUGGUUCAUCCCAAAUUACUCCACCAUUACUGCGCCCAUACGUAAGUUAACCCAUAAAGACAAGGUGUUUGCUUUGCUUAAAGAGCAGCAAUCUGCAUUUGAUGAAAUUAAGAAAAUAUUAAGCUCAUCACCAGUUGUUUCAUAUUUUGAUGUAACUAAAGAAAAUGAGUUCAUAGUAGAUGCAUCACCAGUGGGGUUAGCUGGAAUUCUUGUCCAGUAUGAAACCAAAGAG